CUUCUCUUCUUCUUCCUAAACCUGCUUCGAAUCCAUCGGCUGCCGCUGCAGCAAACGCCAUGGCCUCUUCGAAUGACACUCAGCCCUCCUUCGGAGACGAAUUCGACCCAUUGCUUAAGAAUCACUCCCAGUCGCCCUCGAAAUCCGAUCCCGGCCGCCCCCUUACUCACAACCCCCAAGCAGCUCGUCGCCAACUGCCAACGGCCGUCCGAUCUGGGGCCUACCUACCGAUAUGCUUCCUCCCACUGGCACUUGUGGCCGGAUAUUCUCAAUGGAACCCAGUCCUCGUCUUCCUCUAUAACCUUUUCGCCAUCAUCGCUCUGUCGGCUAUCAUCUCCGACUCCUCGCAACAGCUGACAACCCAUACGAGCGACCUGACAGGUGCACUGAUCAACACGGUGCCCCGCAAAGCAGUCGGGCUGAGCUUAGGAGCCUGGGCCGUUGCCAGCCGCGAGAUCUACGUGGCGCAAAGCCUGGCCAUCGGGGCCAUCCUGUCUGAGAUCCUGCUCAUCCUGGGAUGUAGCAUGAUCGCCGCCUCCUACCGCACCGACAUCCUCUACUUCAACCAGCCGAUCACCAACACCCUCUCCUCCCUCAUGCUCGCAAUCUCCACGGUCCUCGUGCUCCCCUCCGUGCUGGCCACAAGCUUCCCCUACGAACUCGGUGACCGCACCGUGGCCUUCUCGCGGGGCGUAUCCGCGGUGUUGCUGUGCGUGUACGCGGGAUACCUGUAUUUCCAGCUCGGAACGCACCGGCAUCUCUUUCCGCAGCAACCGCGUACGGAAAACCCGGAUGGUGCGCAUGGGGAAGCCGACACCGCCCACGAACUGCCACGCACCGUAUCGGGCAAAGCGAAAGCCCUCCUGAUACUGACACUCGCGACCGUGGCUACAAUCAUUUGCUCCAAGUUCCUCGCCGACACCCUGGUCAUAACGGCGGCACGACUCCACCUCAGCAAGACCCUGGUGGCCGCUACGCUUGUCCCGCUCGCGACCACGGGCGCCACCGGCGUGUCGAUGAUUCGCGGCAGUGCGGCGAGCCAGGAUGUCGAUGGCGCGGUGUGUGCGGUCGUGCAGAGCGUGGUGCAUGUGGGGUUGUUCGGGAUGCCGGCGCUCGUGCUAUUGGGGUGGGCGUUGGCCAAGCCGAUGAGUUUGGUGUUUGAUGUGUUUGAGGUGGUGGUGCUGUUCUUUUCGGUGCUGCUGGUGAACGGGGUGCUGCGUGGGGGGAGAUAUAGUGUUGUGCAUGGGGUGGCGUUGGUUGCUAUGUAUGCAAUCCUUACGCUGGCAUUUUGUGUUCGCUAGCGGUAGGUUUCUUGGGUACAAGGGCUGAGUUGGGAAAGCGAUUUGUCGAUGUGGUUUACCUUUUCUGGACAUAAAUAGUAUUGAUAUACACUGCAUGAU